GCCGCCCUAUAAGAGAAGCGGCGGCCGCACACACCGAGCAGCGAUGGCUCCGCUCCGCCGCCUCUGCCUGUGCCUGCUCCUCGCGCUGCUGCCGCCGCCUCCCGCCGCACCGGCACCGGCACCGGCACCGGCACCGCUCCGCCGGCCGGACUGGGCCGCCUGCCGGGUGCUGUCCCGGGAGCUGUCGCGGCUGCUGGGGGCGGUCAGAGAGCCGUACCCGGUGCUGGAGGGGCUGCAGCUGCUGGAGGAGGAACCUCAAAAUUGGCCCCCCCGGAUCCGCUGCAGCGACGCCUGCGACCCCCUGAGCCUGGAGAGCAACCACACGCUCUGCCUGCAGCGCAUCCGCCAGGCGCUCCAGCACUACCGGGACCUGCUGGGCUCCGACAUCUUCCAGGAGCUGCCGCAGCCGCAGCUGGAGAGCACCAUGGAGCAGCUGCUGCGCCUCGUGCAGGACGGGCACGGUCGCCCUCCCCGGCACCUCCUGGCCCCCACCGAUCUUUGGGAGCAGCCGGUGAAGCGGCACCUGGCCCUGAAACGGCUCCGCUCCUUCUCCGCCCUCAUCGGCCGCGUCUUCAACCACGGAGCCCGCUGAGAUCAGACCAGACCGCCCCCGGAUAACAACCCCCGCCCCCGGAUAACAACCCCGCCCCCGGAUAACAACCCCGCCCCCAGAUAACAACCCCCGCCCCCGGAUAACAACCCCGCCCCCGGACCCCGCCCUUAUUUAUCGCCCCCCACCCACCCAGGGCACCCCCAUCCCCUAAUUCCGGACACCGCCCACCCCCUCGGACACCCCUCCCCUUAUUUAUCGCCCUCCACUCCCGGACCCCCCACCCCCGGACGCCGCCCCCCACCCCUUAUUUAUCGUCCCCCCUUUAUUUAUCACCCCCCCAUUUAUUUAUCGUCCCCCACGCCUAUUUAUCGCCCCCCCCCCUUAUUUAUCGCCCCCCCCCCAUUAUUUAUUGCCCCCUCCCGGGGUUAUUUAUGAUUGGAGCCGUUCCUUUAUUUAUCUCGGGUAUUUAUCAGUUUCUAAUAAAGCUCCCAAAGAGA